AUGGCCAUGACCUCUGCUUUGCUUCAGUUUAAGCAAUCCUUUCAAAUUUCCGAAGAGUACUUUAGUUUUCUGUGUGAUGGAGCAUCUUUCCCAAAAACAGAGUCUUGGAAUGAGAGUAGGGAUUGCUGCAGUUGGGAUGGAGUCACUUGUGACUUAUUAAACGGUCAUGUUAUCAGGUUAGACCUUAGUUGUAGUCAGCUUGUUGGAAAUUUUCAUCCCAACAGCAGUCUCUUCCAACUUCAUCAUCUCCAAACACUAAACCUUGCUUACAAUUGGUUUUAUCCUUCUUCGAUCCCACAUAACAUUGGCCAAUUGAGGAAUUUGAGGCAUCUCAACCUUUCUAAUGCUUCCUUUGAUAGGAAAAUCCCAACAGAAAUAUCAUACCUUUCCAAUUUGGUUUCACUUGAUCUUUCUAAUGGUUUUGGAUUACAACUUGAUGAGAGAACAUUUGAAACAAUGCUUCACAACUUCACAAAUCUGGAGGUACUUUCUCUCUUUUAUGUCAACAUCUCAUCUCCGAUACCUGUCAAUAUUUCUUCCUCCUUAAGGUACCUGGAUCUUAGUUAUACUAAUCUGCGAGGUGUUCUCACAGAGAGCUUUUUCCUUCUGCCAAACUUGGAAACUCUCAAAUUGGGUAACAAUGAUCUUCUCAAAGGAGUUUUUCCAAAGAUCCACCAGAGCAACACUCUGUUAAUGGAGUUGGAUAUUUCAUACACAGGAAUCUCUGGUGAGCUGCCUGAUUCAAUUGGCACCUUCAGCUCCUUGAAUAUCUUGAGCCUCUAUGGAUGUCAAUUCUCUGGUUCAAUUCCUGAUUCCAUAGGCAACCUAACACAAAUUACGGAGUUGUGGUUUUCGAGUAAUCGUUUCACUGGCCAUAUUCCUUCCACAAUCUCUAAAUUGAAGCACCUCACCAGUUUGGAUCUUUCUGACAACUCCUUUUCAGCUUCUGCUUUGCUUCAGUUUAAGCAAUCCUUUAAAGUUAAAUCCGAAUACUCCUCGUGUUAUACUUCUUUCCCAAAAACAAAGUCUUGGAAUGAGAGUAGAGAUUGCUGCACUUGGGACGGAGUCACUUGUGACAUGUUAAACGGGAAAAUCCCAACAGAAAUCUCAUACCUUUCUAAUUUGGUUUCACUUCAUCUUUCUAAUGGUUAUGGAUUAGAACUUGAUGAGAGAACAUUUGAAACAAUGCUUCAAAACUUCAGUAAUCUAGAGGUACUUUCUCUCUUUCAUGUCAACAUCUCAUCUCCGAUACCUGUGAAUAUUUCUUCCUCCUUAAGGUACCUGGAUCUUAGUUAUACUAAUCUGCGAGGUGUUCUCAUAGAGAGCUUUUUCCUUCCGUCAAACAGCUUGGAAACGCUCAAAUUGAGUGAUAAUGAUCUUCUCAAAGGAGUUUUUCCAAAGAUCCACCAAAGCAACACUUUGUUAAUGGAGUUGGAUAUUUCAUCCACAGGCAUCUCUGGUGAGCUGCCUCAUUCAAUUGGCACCUUUAGUUCCUUGAAUAUCUCUAACCUCCAAGAGCUACGUUCCAUAUAUCUUUACCAUAACAACUUCAUCGGUCCAUUUCCCGCUUCAAUUUUAAACUUGACACAUCUUGAAUUCUUAGACAUGUCGACUAAUUCCCUAUCUGGCCCACUGCCUAGCAAGGAACCAAGCUGGAUUUGUCAUACAACUCACUGA